AUGCAGAAAGACUCGUAUCCCAUAAAGGACUAUACUUCAUGUUUCAGACAACCACUGCCUUCCUUUAUAAAAUGUAGUAGACUGUCUCCUUUAAUUGAGGAAUACAAGCCCCACUUUUCACAUUACCAGUAUGACCACCAAGUGGACAGCCUGCAUCGUUUUCAUGAAGCUUUUGCAAGUGGAUCACACAGAAGAAAGAGUGCUCCUUCCAAAAUGCCAAAUGAGAUGGACACCAAAGAUCCUAAGGGCCCAGUGGAGUCAAGCAAUGAAGACAAGCAUUUUUUUUCAUCACCUUUUCAUUUACUUUAUCACAUACCUCCUCUGUCACCUUAUAAUGCCAAAAUGAUUGAGUUGUCAAAUAUUGGUCUGCAGUACUGCAGAACAAUGGAUCCCUUUUGGCUUAACCAUUUAAAACAAGAAUCUCUUAGGACUAAUAUAAUGUGGCCACCUGGAAACCUUUAUUUACAUCCAUCAUAUCCCUAUUUUCACAAAGACUUCCCUGAGACAAUGUUUCCUUUUCAAGUACCCACCCAAAGCUUUCACAGGUGUCACAGCUUUGACACUGGUCUUCCAGAGAAAAGUGUCAUAAGUAAAACCCAUAUUGAUGAAAGUGAGGACCCCAAGCAGAAUGUUGAGCGAGUUGAUAUCAACAUUCAGAUUGAUGAGAGUUUCUAUGUGGAGGUUGGAGAUCAGAAACGUUGGAAAUGUCCCAUGUGUGAAAAGUCAUAUACAUCCAAAUAUAACCUGGUGACCCACAUUUUGGGACACAGUGGCAUUAAGCCCCAUGCUUGUGGCCAUUGUGGCAAGCUGUUCAAACAACUGAGCCAUCUGCAUACUCACAUGCUUACUCACCAGGGCACCAGGCCCCACAAGUGCCAUGUUUGUAAUAAAGCUUUUACCCAAACCAGUCAUCUAAAGCGACAUAUGAUGCAGCACAGUGAUGUGAAGCCAUACAACUGUAGGAUAUGUGGCAGGGGGUUUGCCUACCCAAGCGAGCUUAAAGUUCAUGAAGCAAAACACGAGAGUGGAAGAGAGAACAUUUGUGUGGAGUGUGGACUAGACUUCCCCACACUUGUACAGCUUAAAAGACAUAUGACAGUACACCGGGGCCCUGUGCAGUAUAACUGUACUGAGUGUGAUAAGACAUUCCAGUACCCAAGCCAACUUCAGAAUCAUAUGAUGAAGCACAAGGACAUUCGGCCCUAUAUCUGUUCCGAGUGUGGCAUGGAAUUUGUACAGCCGCAUCAUCUCAAACAACAUUCCCUAACUCAUAAGGGUGUGAAAGAGCACAAGUGUGGGAUCUGUGGUAGAGAAUUCACCCUUCUGGCCAACAUGAAGAGGCACAUUCUAAUCCACACCAACAUCCGAGCCUACCAGUGUCACCUCUGCUUCAAAAGCUUUGUCCAGAAACAGACUCUGAAGGCACACAUGAUUGUCCACUCCGAUAUCAAACCAUUCAAGUGCAAGCUGUGUGGAAAAGAGUUUAACCGAAUGCAUAACUUAAUGGGCCACAUGCACCUCCAUUCAGACAGCAAACCCUUCAAGUGUCUUUACUGCCCCAGCAAAUUUACUCUGAAAGGAAACCUCACCCGGCAUAUGAAGGUCAAACAUGGUGUCACGGAAAGAGGAUAUCACUCUAGAGGUCUGAGCAGAGGAAGAGCAGGCCUCUCCCACUCAAUUGUCCUGCGGAGUCUGGAACAGAAGGAACCUUUUGACCUGUCUAGAAAGCGAAGGGUUAAAGAAUUAAGUUGCAGUUCAGAUGGGGAGAGAAUAAAGGGUAGUUCUUUCCAACAAGGGGAGGAAGAAGACCCAUCCAACACUUUGACAAUGUACAACCAAGAUGUUCAUUGUGAAUCAGAACAUGGAUUUGAGGAACAUCAUAAUGCAAUGAAGGUGAAGUGUAAUAAAGAGAAGUACCAUCGCCAUAUAGAAAGAGAUGCAGAAAGAACAACUGACCACCACCACCACCACAAAAGAGGAAGAAGAAGCUUUUACAGAUCAGUAUAA